UUGAGUCUGAAUUAACAAUUUGUACUUAUCGAAUGAAGUUUUUAAGAAAAGUAUAAAAUUUGAAAUGAAGUUAUUGACUUCAGUCGUAACUGUAGUCAAGACUCUAAUUUGAGGUAGAUCGAGAAUUUAAAGUUUAUGAGAUUUUGAAUUCUGAAGCUUUUGCGUUACUGAGUUCUAAAUUAAUCUACACAUGAAACGAAUGUUUAAUGAAAAUACAAUAUUUAAAAUAAAACUAGCUAAUGAGUUCUACUGAAACCGUAACCGAUACUAUAGCUACACCAAUACUCAAAUAGAUCAAAAAAGUUUAUGAAUUUUAAGUUCUAAGUUAAUAAUUUUAAUAUGUUAGUAGUGAAACUUUUAAAAUAAAUAUAAUAUCUGAAUCAAAAUUAUUAAGUUCUAUCGAAUUUUCACUCUCUCUCUUCAUUAUGUGUGUCCUUUCUCUCUCUAAAAUCUAUAAUGAUUUUCUGUGCCACAGUAACCAAAAGAAAAUUCUUCAUUUCUUCCAUUUGUCAGAUUAUAAUACACCACGUGCACUAAACAAAAUUUCGUAUAACCAUAUUUAAUUUACAAACCCUAAUCUUAUUUUUUUUUUAAUCAAGAAAAUUAAAUGCAUUUAUAUAAGUUAAAUGAUUUAUUUCUUUUAAAUAUUUCUCAUACAAAUGAUUGGUUAUAUUGACAUAUAUUACUAAAUUUUCUAGGUUCAUUUAUCAUUUUGUGCCUUUGAAAGUUGUAACAAGUACACAUCAAUUAUUACCAUAAAACAAGUACUUUUACAUAGGGAUCUUACCUUUUUUUAGUUAAAAAAGUUUUACCCUUAGAGCUAGGAAGAUUCAUUCUAUGAGUUCUCGAUGAAAAUUCUGUCUCCGUCACUGAUAUAGUAAUUUGUAAUUGUCGGUAGUAUAUAUUACAACCACAAUAGCAAUAUACACAGACCUUACUCUUACGUUUGUAGUGAAGAGAGGUUGAAUGUACACGGGCGGAACUAGCUUUGAGCUAGGAGUCAUCCGAACCCCCUCGAUAGAAAAUUACACUACUUAUAUAUGUAUGGUUUGAAAUUAUCUUUUAUGCAUAUAUAAUAGCAAGGGCGGACCUAUACAAAGCUUCAAACAAAGAGAUUAGUUUUUUGUUUUUUAUUGUGAGGAAAAAAAUGGCAUCAUAUUUUCAUGGAAAUUCAGAAAUCCAAACAGGAAAUGAUGGAUUGCAAACUUUAAUACUGAUGAAUCCUGGUUAUGUUGGAUUUUCUGAAACACAACAUCAUCAGCAACAACAACAACAACAAGGUGUCAGUAGUAACAACCUUAUUUUCUUCAACUCCAACACUGUUGGAAGUUCAAUAAACUUAUCUCACGCGCCGCCACCGCCACCGCCGCCUCCGUCUCAGCAGUUUGUCGGGAUACCUCUCACCACCGCGGCGUUCGCUGCGCCGUCCAGUUCAUCACAAGAGGGGGGUAAUAGUAACAAUGAUUCAAUAUCUGCACUUCAUGGGUUCCUAGCUCGAUCGACUCAGUAUGGUUUUUACAACCCGAGUAAUGAUAUUACAGCGGCGCGUGAUAUUACACGCGCUCAUCAACAAGGUCUUUCUCUUAGUUUGUCGUCGCAGCAGCCGGGUUUCGGGAACUUUAAUGCAGCGCGUGAGAUUGUUUCGCCGACGGCCGGGGGCGGAUCGGCAUCGUCCGGGAUACUACAACAACCGGGUAGUAGUAGUAGUAGUGUGCCUUUGAGUUCUAAGUACUUGAAGGCAGCACAAGAGUUGCUUGAUGAAGUUGUAAAUGUUGGAAAAUCAAUGAAAAGUACUAGUACUAAUAGUACUGAAGUUGUUAAUGAUGAUGUCAAGAAAUUGAAGAACACAACGAUGACGACAACAACAACGACAACUGAUGUUGAUGGACAAGUAGAUGGGGGAGAGAGUAACAGUAAACAUGAUGGUGUUGCAGUUGCUGGAACAGAGCUAAGUACAGCAGAAAGGCAAGAAAUUCAGAUGAAAAAAGCUAAACUUGUAAACAUGCUUGAUGAGGUGGAGCAAAGGUACAGACUUUAUCAUCAUCAAAUGCAGACAGUGAUACAUUGGUUGGAGCAAGCAGCUGGCAUUGGAUCAGCAAAAACAUAUACAGCAUUGGCUUUACAGACGAUUUCGAAGCAAUUUAGGUGUCUUAAGGACGCGAUAAUUGGUCAAAUACGAUCAGCAAGCAAGACGUUAGGCGAAGAGGAUAGUUUGGGAACGAAGAUUGAAGGUUCGAGGCUUAAGUUUGUUGAUAAUCAGCUAAGACAACAAAGAGCUCUUCAACAAUUGGGAAUGAUCCAGCAUAAUGCUUGGAGACCUCAGAGAGGAUUGCCCGAACGUGCUGUUUCUGUUCUUCGCGCUUGGCUUUUCGAGCAUUUCCUUCACCCUUAUCCCAAGGAUUCAGACAAAAUGAUGCUAGCAAAACAGACAGGGCUAACUAGGAGUCAGGUGUCGAAUUGGUUCAUCAAUGCUCGCGUUCGCCUUUGGAAGCCGAUGGUGGAAGAGAUGUACUUGGAAGAGGUGAAAGAACACGAACAGAAUGGAACGGAUCAAGAAAAGACAAACAAAUUAGGCGAACAGAACGAUGAUUCAACAACAUCGAGAUCCAUUGCUCAACAACAGAAAAGUCCUGGUUCAGAUGUCUCGAAGCAACACAACUCGACUUCAAAAAUGUCAAUGUCGAAUGCCACUUCCAUAUCACCUAUCGGUAUGAGCAUCCGUAAUCAGUCUGCUGCUGGUUUCAACCUCAUCGGAUCACCAGAGAUUGAAAGCAUCGACAUUACUCAAGGAAGUAGUCCGAAGAAACUGAGGAGCAACAACGACAUGUUGCAUUCGCCAAACAUGGAUGUAAAGCCUGAUGAGGACCAAAUGACGAUGAAGUUUGGGGACGAUAGGCAGGACAGAGAUGGAUUCUCACUAAUGGGAGGACCGAUGAACUUCAUGGGAGGAUUCGGGGCUUAUCCUAUUGGAGAAAUCUCGAGGUUUAGCACCGAGCAAUUCUCAGCGCCAUACUCAGCAAGCGGCGCAGUUUCACUCACUCUUGGCUUACCACAUAACGAAAAUCUACCAAUGUCAGCUACACACCACAGUUUCCUUCCCAUUCCCACACAAAACAUCCAAAUUGGUGAAGCAAAUCAUGAGUUUGGUAGCCUAAACACACCAACAUCAGCUCACUCAACAUCAAGUGUUUACGAGAACUUCAACAUUCAAAACAGAAAGAGGUUUGCCGCGCCCUUGUUACCAGAUUUUGUCGCGUGACAAAACAACAGGAAUUAGCAACAGACAACUUCAGUUGCUGAACAACAACAUGCAUUACCGACAGACAACUUCAGUCGCGCUAAAACAAGAACAUGCAUUAGCGAGUAGCGACAGACAACUUAUGUUGCUAAAACAAGAACAGGAAUUAGCGACAGACAACUUCUAUUGUUGAACAACCAAAAAACCGAUGUUUAGUAUAUUGUUUUGGGAAUUAUAUGAUCAUGGUAGUGUAAAGAAUCAAGAAACAACUUUUACAUAGUUACAUAGUCCUAUACAUUGCAGAUGAAGAACCAUUUAAGUUCUUCAAAAAUAGAUAGAUUUUCUAGGCCUAGUUCUAGAAGAUAUAUAUAUAUAUAUGGUUGAGGGUUUGUAUAUUAAUUUUGUUGAUGCAGAUGGCAUAGUUAAAUUGGGCUUGUUAUAUGUUGUUUUGGAUGGUAUAAAAAAAAAAAAAUAAUACUCCAUCCAUUUUUAGCCAA